GCAUCCUGUGUAUUGAAUACUCAUAAUUAAUUAACAUGUCGAACCUUCCCUCAGAGCCCGAGUUCGAGCAAGCCUACAAAGAGCUUGUCUCAACCCUGGAAAACUCAACUCUCUUCCAAAAGAACCCCGAAUACCGAAAAGCCUUGAAGGUUGCCUCCGUGCCGGAACGAGUGAUCCAGUUCCGCGUAGUGUGGGAGGAUGACAAAGGAGAGCUCCAAAUCAACCGUGGAUACCGCGUCCAAUUCAACUCUGCGCUCGGCCCAUACAAAGGCGGCCUGCGCUUCCAUCCGACGGUGAAUCUGUCGAUUUUGAAAUUCUUGGGAUUCGAGCAGAUUUUCAAAAAUGCCCUGACAGGCCUCAACAUGGGCGGCGGCAAAGGUGGUGCCGAUUUCGAUCCAAAGGGAAAAUCAGACAAUGAAAUCCGCCGCUUCUGCGUGGGCUUCAUGACCGAGCUGUCGCGCCAUAUCGGGGCCGACACUGACGUGCCCGCCGGCGAUAUCGGUGUGUCCGGCCGGGAGAUCGGGUACCUGUUCGGCCAGUACAAGAAGAUUCGCAACCAGUGGGAGGGCGUGCUCACUGGCAAGGGCCUGACCUGGGGUGGUAGCUUGAUUCGGCCUGAGGCGACGGGAUAUGGCUUGGUUUAUUAUGUCCAACAUAUGAUCAAAUACGCCAGCCAGGGCAAGGAAUCCUUCGCUGGCAAGCGCGUUGUGGUCUCCGGCUCCGGAAACGUCGCACAGUACGCCGCCUUGAAGGUGAUUGAGUUGGGUGGCACGGUGGUUUCGCUGUCCGACAGCAAAGGAUCGCUAGUUGUGCCGGAGAGCGUCGUGGGCGGCUUCACGCCAGAGCAAAUCCACGAGGUGGCCGCGCUCAAGGUGGAGCGCAAGCAGCUCAACUCGAUCGUCAGCGCCGAGUCGUUCAGCAAGUUCAAGUAUAUCGAGGGCGCUCGGCCGUGGGUGCACGUUGGAAAGGUUGAUGUUGCCCUACCGUGCGCAACCCAGAAUGAAGUCUCUGGCGAGGAAGCGCAAGCGCUGAUUGACGCGGGCGUCAAGUUCAUUGCGGAGGGUUCGAAUAUGGGAUCGACGCAGGAAGCGAUUGAUGUGUUUGAGGCGCAUCGCGAAAAGAACCAGGGUGCUGCUGCCAUCUGGUAUGCGCCUGGCAAGGCCGCUAAUCUGGGUGGCGUGGCUGUCUCUGGACUGGAGAUGGCGCAGAACUCGGCCCGUCUGAGCUGGACGACCGAAGAAGUUGACAGCAAGCUGAAAGAUAUCAUGGAAGCAUCAUUCCAAAAUGGGCUGGACACCGCGAAGGACUAUGUUUCUUCGACCGACGGCGCGCUGCCUUCGUUGGUGGCUGGUAGCAACAUUGCGGGCUUCAAGAAGGUUGCCGCUGCCAUGAGGGACCAGGGCGAUUGGUGGUGAUCUAUCUCUAUAUCUCGAUGUUGAAUGUUGGAUGUUUCAUAUGAUGGUCUGGUGUUAGCUCGGUUUAUUUGUCUUGUUAGUUAGCAUUUCGUUUAUAAACGGUAUAUAGAAUGAAUGCAAUGCUUGUCUAUGUUUGUGAUAAA